AGGUGUCCAUCGUCCGCAGCACGACCAUCACGCUGAGCCCCAGCUCGGAGAUGGACGUCUCCCUGGUCUACAAGGGCUUCAUCUACCCGCUGCUGGCCGGGCCCCCUCCCGCCCCCCACAUCUCCGUCUGGGCCCGUGUGCAGCGCCUCCACGUGGUCGCCAAGCUGGGCCGUGCCCCCAACGCCCCCGAGCUGGAGGAGGUGGGGCGCUGGGCCGUGCAGCAGGAGAAGGAGACGCGCCCCCUGCAGCGCCCGGGCACCCAGCGGCUCUUCGGCAGCCCCGAGCGCGGCAACAAAUACCUGGUGCAGGUCGAGGGGCAUCUCAACAGCUCGGGCACUGGGCAGAGCAGCGAACUCACCCUGGUGUGGGACCGCACCGGGGUGCCGGGCGGCAGCGAGAUCUCGUACUUCUUCCUGGAGCCGUUCCGCGCGGGGCCCUGCCCCUCCUACCCCUCCUGCCUGGCCUGCCUGGCCGACCAGGGCUGCGGCUGGUGCCCGCUCAGCGCCAGCUGCCACGCCCGGCUGGAGGGGCCGGGGGGCGGGGGGCCGUGCGGGGGGGGCUCCGUGCGCCUCGUCCUCUCGCCCAGCAACUGCUUCCUGUGCGAGGAGUACCGGGACUGCCACGCCUGCAGCGCGGACCCGUUCUGCGAGUGGCAGGUGAACAGUAGCAAGAAGGGGGAUCUGCUGUGUAGCCGACGGGGCCGGCAGCCCCACGCCGUCCGUGCCCCCCACGCCUGCCCCGCGCUGUGCCACCAGCGGAGCACGUGUGCCGAGUGUCUGUCCAACUCCAGCCAGUGCGCCUGGUGCCAGUCCACCCACAGCUGCUUCUUCUUCGCCGCCUACCUGGCCAAGUACCCGUACGGGGACUGCCGGGGCUGGUACGACAGCGUCCAUUCGGUGCCCCAGUGCCUGGACUGCGCCCGGUUCAACACGUGCCGGGACUGUCUGCAGCACUUCGAGUGCGGCUGGUGCGGGAACACGGACAACCCCACGCUGGGCAGGUGCCUGCAGGGUGAUUUCUCCGGCGUGGGCGGCUUCCCCAACUGCUCGGUGGCGCUGUGGGAGAGCCACGGGCUGCCCCCCGCCCAGCCGGCCGCCUGGUCCUACGGGCAGUGCCCCGACGUGGACGAGUGCCGGCUGGGCCUGGCUCACUGCCACCCCUUCGCCCGCUGCCACAACACGCCUGAGGCCUACGAGUGCCACUGCCAGCGCGGCUACGCCGGCGACGGCGCCAUCCACUGCAACCAGACGUGCUACGAGGAGUGCGGGCACGGCUGGUGCAGUGGCCCCCCUGGCUACGUGUGCGAGUGCGAGCUGGGCUGGACGUCGGAGCCGGGCGCCGGGGGCAACGGCAGUGCGGGGGGGGCCCGGUGCAGCGUGGACUGCGGCUGCCACUUCCACAGCAGCUGCGAGGCCGGGGGGCCCGGGGUGUGCGAUGAGUGCCAGGACUGGACCCACGGCGAGCACUGCCACCUCUGCCGGCCCGGCAGCUUCGGUGACGCCACGAACCCGGGCGGGUGCCAGGCGUGUGAGUGCAACGGGCACGGCCUGCCCGAGCGGGGCCACUGCCACGGGGCCACGGGGGCCUGCUACUGCGCCCCCCCCGCCGAGGGGCCCCACUGCGAGCGCUGUGCCCCCGGGUUCUACGGGGACCCCAGGAACAUGGGCACCUGCUACCGGGCGUGCGAGGGGCGCUCGCUGCUGGCCAACCUCUCGGGUUCGGGGUCCCUGGGCUCCCGGCGGGCAGGGGGGGGUGCCCGGGGACCUGGCCACUGCCUGUGGGUGCUGUCGGCCUCGCCCGGCCUGGAGCCCUGCCCCCCUGCCCAGCCCUGCCCCGCCAUCAGCCUGACCCUGCAGCCCGACCUCAGCACCCACUGCAUGCACAGUUACGCCUACGCCUUCGACGGGCUGCCGGCCUUCCUGGACAGCGGGGAGAUCCAGGCCGACCGGACCCUCAUCGGCGCCUUCUGCGGGCAGGGCCGCGCCCAGCCCCUCACCGUGGAGGCCGCGUCAGGGCUGCUGGUUCUGUACUACGAGGCGAACUCCAGCGAGGCGUCAGGCUUCAACGCCACCUUCGCGGUGCAUCGCUGCUGGCCCGGCUGCCGGCCCACCCAGGAGUGCCGGGAUGGGCGCUGCGUGUGCCGGGGGGGCUACGCCGGGCCCCACUGCCAGCUGCGGGUCUGCCCCGGGAACUGCUCGGCCCACGCCAGCCAGGGCGUCUGCAACAUGAGUCUGGGUCUCUGCGUCUGUGGCGAGGGGUUCGGGGGCGCGGAUUGUUCGGUGCCGCUGGACCCGGGAAAGCUCGUCUGGGAGACACUGAUUGACAGUCAGCUGACGCCCGACACAGCCAGCCGGUUCCUACACCGCCUGGGCCACACCAUGGUGGAGGGGCCGGAGGCCACGCUCUGGAUGUUCGGGGGCCUGUCCCUGCGCCAGGGGUUGCUGGGCAACGUCUACAGGUACUCCAUCCCGGAGCGCCGCUGGACCCAGAUGCUGGCGGGGACGGAGGACGGGGGGCCGGGGCCCAGCCCCCGCUACUUCCACGCCACGGCCUACGUGCCGGCGCGCCAGGCCAUGGUGGUGCUGGGGGGGCUGGCGGCCGGCGGCGUCUCCAGCGACUGCUGGAUGCUCAACCUCACCACGCUGCAGUGGAGGCAGGAGCAGGACCCCCUGCUCCCGGCUGUGGCGGGGCACACGCUGACCCCCCGGCGCGGCACCUCCCUGCUGCUCAUCGGCGGCUACUCCCCGGCCGACGGCUUCAACAAGCAACUGCUGGAGUACGGCGUGGAGAGCGAGCGCUGGCAGGCGGGGCCGGUGGCUGGGACCCCCCGUACCCCCCGGCGUGGAGAGCGAGCGCUGGCGGCAGCUGGGACCCCAGUGUGGGGACAGAGCAGGGUGAAGGGGGGUUCAGAAGCUGCCCCCAGGUGUGUUGUUUGGGGGCCUGACCCCCCUCUGUUGCCCCCAGGUCUGUACGGGCACUCGGCCGUGUACCACGAGGGCACAGACGCUGUCUACGUUUUCGGGGGGCAGCGUUUCCACGUGGAGACGGUGUCGGCCUCCCCCGAGCUCUACAGCCUGCACUGCCCCAGCCGGACCUGGAGCCUGCUGGCCCCCGCCCAGGGCCCCAAGCCGCUGUCUCACUUUUUCCACGCGGCGGCCGUGCUGCGGGACACCAUGGUGGUGGUCGGGGGCCGCACGGAGACCCAGGACUUCACCAGCCACGUGCUGCUUUACCAGCUCAACUGCAACACCUGGAUCCUGCCCAACCAGACGGGUACCGGGGGGCCGGGGGGGCAGGGAGGGAGACCCCCCCCCAGCCACACAAAGGGGGGAGGGGACCCCAGCCACACAGGCAAUGGGGAGUGA